UUUGGAACAAUGUUAAUAUAUAUUUUCAACAUCUAAGAAAUCCUAGAGUAUCUUUACGAAUAACAGGAAUAAUCAUUGCAAUGAGUGAACCAGCAGUACCGUUUUUCAUGAAGAAUUAUAUUGGGUUUUCAAAAAUUGUGUGCGAGGAAAGUUUGAUUGACAUGAAUCUCUGGUUUCAUAAUCAUAGACGUAUUAUUCCAAAAGAUAAAUAUGAUAUUGCAAUAACCAUGACCAAUCACAACUUAUUCCAAUCGAACCGUCACAAACGUAUAGCAGUUGAUGGUGCAGUAAAAUCAUCAGUUAAUUGUCAAAAAAAUCAACAAAGUAUAAAUGCAACAGGAAUUGUCCAUGACUUGAAAUUUUCAGGAAUAUUGACAGCAGUUAAAGAGCUUGCAUACAUGAUUAAUGCUGGAUAUAAAACUUCAUCAUGGUCAGAUGAAAACAUUUGUAAUCUUCAUGAUGGUACAACAUUUUACAUCCACAAUUCUAGUUAUAAUUCUUUUUAUCAAAAUCUUGACGACAUGUUCUGGUUGCCCUGUCAUAGUAAACCAACUUGUGGCUACAACAAACUUUUUCUAGAUACAGGAAAGCCACUUCCCAAUAUAUUACCAGGAGAGAUUAUAUCUUUAGAUGAGCAAUGUCAGUUUUUGGGAUUUAGGAAAAGUUGUAAGGUACAUGAUUAUGUUAAUUGCAACGGUUUUCUAUGGUGUGAAAUAAAGGAAAUAAGUAAUACUUGGUAUGGUUGGAACUCAGAGAAAACGGUUUGUAAAGGCGUUGGUUCUAUAUUGGAUGGAAGCUCAUGUGGAGAGAAGAAG